AUGCCUAUAUUAUUUAUUGAUGGUUGCCACUUAAGUGGUCCAUACAAGGGAACUCUUCUAGCUGCCUCUACAUGCGAUGCAAAUAAUGACUUAUUUUCAAUUGUGUAUGCAAUUGUUAGUGCUGAAAAUAAUGAGAAUUGGCUUUGGUUCCUAUCUAAUUUGAAAGAACUAACUGGGUCAAUUCCAGUUAUGUUAAUAUCUAAUAGGCAUCCAUCAAUUAUUGUAGCUGUGGAGCAAGUAUAUGACAGGGAUAAACAUGCAUAUUGUUAUCGAUAUGUGAAAGAAAAUUUUUGUGCAGAAACUAAAAUGUUACAGAGGGGAAUACGCGGUAAAGUAAAAGAGGAUGCAAAAAAGCUACUAGAUGCAAUUUGUUAUACUCGUUUUGGCACAGAGUUUACAGAAGCUGUGGAACAACUUCGUGCAUUUUCACCAGAACUUGCAAAUUGGUUAGAGACUAAAGGAGAUAUUAACAAAUGGGCAAAGUCUCAAUUCCUUCAUCGACGAUGGGACCUCAUAACUACCAAUGUAGCUGAAUCAUUUAAUUCAUGGAUAAGAAAAGAUAGGACUCAUAGUAUUUGUGCUUUAAUAAUAGAGCAUAUAGACAAACUUGCAAAUUUGUUAUAUACUGUAAAGUUAGAGAUGACUAAAUGGAAGAAUGAAGUUGGGCCAAAGAUUGAUAAAAUAUUGAUGGAACAUGUAGCUAGAAGUGAGUUUCUUAAAGCAGUGAGAUAUGGAGAUCAUAAUGUUAUGGUUAGAGGGUCAAAUGUUGAUGUAUGUGUGAAUCUAAUACACAAAGAAUGUACAUGUCUUGAAUGGCAAAUGACUGGAAUUCCAUGUCCAUAUGCUUGUGAUGCAAUCAAAUUAUUACAUGGCAACAUCUACACCUAUAUAGAGGAGUACUAUCUAAAAAGUUCACAACAAAAGAUUUAUGCGAGCAGUAUGAUCCCAAUUGAAACUCGUGACAUGCCUGAUGUCAACAACCUGACCCUAACAGACUGGGUGAAUAAUAUUUUCAUAUGUCACCUACAACAACUCGUCCUCCAGGAAGACCAUGCAAGAAGUGCCAAGAGUCACAAUUUCAAGAUAUGCGUGUUUACAAAUGUAGCCUAUGUGAUUAGAGUGGUCAUAGUCUUUCUAAAUGUAGAAAUCCUAAUCCAGAAAGAAUAUGAGUUUUUUUAG